AUGACCGAAAUCAAAACAGGUCUACAAUGUUUCAGAGCUGACCAAAAACUUUGUUUUCUCUCUCUACAAUUCCUCCCGAUUUCAUCGUAAAAAGCUCCGAGGUUUUCUUAUCUGCUAAGGUGCCUCGUUUUCAUCCGUAUUAUUAACCGUUCAUAUUCAGAUCUCGGCUUCUCUGAUUGCCGAGGAGUUACCUACUGAGCUGAAAUGGCCGGCCGUUACGAUAGCAAUCCUUUCGAGGAAGAGGAGGAAGUUAAUCCGUUUGCCGACCAUGGAGCUAGGGGAAAAGCAGCAGGGGGGUCUGCAUUUAGUGGAGGUGCAUUUUACACAACAAGCUCUGGCAGUGUUCCUCCAGCCACAAACUCAAGGCUUUCACCUCUUCCUCCUGAACCAGCUGGUUUCUAUAAUAGCAAUGACUCUGUUGAUAUUCCACUAGACAAUACAUCGGAUUUAAAAAAGAAAGAGAAGGAGUUACAGGCUAAAGAGUCUGAACUGAGGAGAAGGGAGCAGGACUUAAAGCGGAGAGAAGAUGCUGCUGCUCGAGCCGGUAUUGUUCUUGAGGAGAAGAACUGGCCUCCAUUCUUCCCAAUAAUUCACCAUGAUAUUGCUAAUGAAAUUCCAAUUCAUCUUCAGAGGCUGCAGUAUGUUGCAUUUACAACCUUGUUGGGGCUUGUUGCUUGUCUUUUGUGGAAUAUAGUUGCUGUCACUACUGCAUGGAUUAAAGAGGGAGAUGUAAAAAUCUGGUUCCUAUCUCUUAUCUAUUUCAUCUCAGGGGUUCCAGGAGCCUAUGUACUGUGGUAUCGUCCACUAUAUCGUGCUUUUAGGAAUGAAAGUGCAAUGAAGUUUGGAUGGUUUUUCAUGUUUUACUUGCUUCACAUUGGAUUCUGCAUCUUUGCUGCUGUUGCUCCUCCAGUAGUUUUCAGAGGCAAAUCUCUAACAGGUAUCCUGCCCGCAGUAGAUCUCGUAGGCAAGCAAGUAUUGGUCGGGAUUUUCUACUUCAUCGGCUUUGGCUUUUUUUGCCUGGAAUCAGUAAUCAGUGUCUGGGUUAUUCAGCAAGUCUACAUGUAUUUCCGAGGCAGUGGCAAAGCUGCAGAGAUGAAACGCGAGGCUGCUAGAGGAGCCUUGAGAGCGGCGAUAUAAUGUUCUUCCCUCCCACUGCUGCAUUGAAUGAUUUUGGGGACUGACUAGUUGGCCUGCCUUUGUGCCAAUUAGGCGGGCGCCAGAUACAUGAGUUGCUUACUUCAGCUUAGGCAUAUAUGUUUGUUUCAUAUGUUAGUAUUUGUUCCUGCGAUAUAUGGUUUACCUUUUGACCAAAGUGCCUUGAUUACAUUAUAGAAACUAUACUUUCUACCUUUUUUGGACACAACAGAUUCGUGGGUGUAAAUCUUUAUCGUUUUCAUUAAUCAUUAUUUGGUGCAUCUA